AUGCUUUUAGUUGGUUCACUUGCUUUAGUCAGUUAUCUACGAGUGUGCAAAGCAAUGAUUCUUAAUACCGGAAUAUUUGAUUAUAGAAUAUUUCUCUUUCCCGCAUUUUUACCGGCUCUUUUAUCUAUACCAGCGUGGCCAUCAUUUGGAGGUGAUGGUUAUUGGUGUUUUCAAAACAGGGAAUCAGCAUUUAUUCCUUUAUCUUUACUUUAUGCGGAUAUUUUGAUAUUGAUGACAUCAUUAUUUUGUUAUAUUGGAAUAGUGCAUGCUAUCAAUGUGUCCCGGUUUAGAAAUGACCAAGAAAAUUUUUGUACAGCAAACAAAAAAAUCAUUGGGUACCUUUUUACGUAUAUUUUGCAGUGGACUCCUGUUAUGAUCUAUAUAAUAACUGAUAUUGAACGUCAAGCGAAUAUGUGGGUAUUUGCAAUCUGUAUUACAUCAUUACCAAUAGGAGGAAUACUUAAAACGUACCAAUAUAUAUCCAAUGAGGGUUGGUGGAGCGUUGAUUCGAUUGAUGAACGGAGACAUAUUACCAACUAA